AUGUCUUCAGAGGACGAACAACAUGAAGAUAUGAGAAGCCCUCCCUUUUGGUGGGAAGUCGAGGUUAAUAGGGAAGAAGAUAGGGACGAUGACGAUGGUCAUGAUGACGAUGGUCAUGAUGACGAUGACCAGGAUGACGAGGAUGAUUUUGUCGUCCAGAACGAUGACGACGAUGAUUUCGACAUGGAUGAAUUCGACGACGAUGAUGACGACGACGGGUACAGCUCAGAUGAUGAGCACAUUGAAUCUAUGCGCGAGGAAAUUGAAUUGCGACUGAGAGAGAUUGAGAGGGGGUACGAUUUGGUGUUCGAGGCCAUCCGUUUUGGCAUCCAUCACGAGCCAGACUAUCAUUGCUACGAGUUCUAG